UGCCCUGCCGCGGCCGCCAGCGCCGAGCGCCCCCUCGCGAGGAGCAUGCAAUGCUCGCCGAGCCUGGUGAGGUCCCUCAGCUCCGUGCUGGUGUCCUUGGGGCUGCUGCACCUGUGGCUCAAUGUCCACACGCCCUGCCGCUACGGGAAGCACGAGGAGGAGGAGGAGGAGCCGCCGCCAGAGCCCCCGGACAACGGCGAGAAGAAGCCUCCGCCGAGGCGGCGCGCCCACCUGCCCGCUCGCUGCGCCUGGUUCCUGCAGGAGCUGCCCUCGUUCCUGGUGCCCGCGCUCCUGCUGGGGCUGCGCAACCCGCCUCGCUUCGCGCCCUUGGGCUGCCGGCUCCUGGGCGGCAUGUUCUGCGGCCACUACUUCCACAGGACAUUCAUUUACUCCUUCCUCCGAAGAGGCAGGCCUUUCCCAUUGGAGACGCUGUUUUUUGGUGUGCUGUUCUGCAUCUUUAAUGGCUUCCUUCAGGGUUACUACAUGAUUUACUGUGCUGAAUACCCGGAUGACUGGUGCAAUGACAUCAGAUUUACAUCAGGUCUCUUGUUGUUCUUGUUUGGCAUGGGAGUCAAUAUUCACAGUGACCUCAUUCUGCGCCAGCUAAGGAAACCUGGGGAGCUCACUUACAAAAUCCCACAAGGAGGACUGUUUGCAUAUGUAUCAGGAGCAAAUUUCUUUGGUGAGAUACUGGAAUGGUUUGGCUAUGCUAUAGCAACCUGGUGCCUGCCAGCUUUUGCCUUUGCCCUUUUCACACUCUGCUUCGUUGGGCCUCGUGCUUAUCACCAUCACAGGUACUAUCACAAGAGGUUCACUGGCUAUCCAAGAUCUAGAAAAGCCUUGAUUCCAUUCAUAUUCUAGAGGCCAAUUAUCAGGACUUUUUGAGCAGCGGGGUGUGUUUCGUGUGUUAUUUUACUGUAUAACUUUAAUUAUGAAGUUUAUUAUUAAUGUGUAAAAUGCUGGUGUGAGUUUCAAAGGGAAAGAAACUUGGAUAGUGUUAUGUUACCAGUUAUACAGAGUGUUGUUGCUGGAUGGAAACAAGUAAUCACACUUCUGUGAUUCAGCUUCACAGUUUUUGAUUUUUUAAAAAACAAAAAACCAAGUUUUGUCUUGAGCAGUGUUAGUG